AUGUCAACGAAGUUGCCAAGCGAUUUCGUCUGGGGUUACGCUACGGCGAGUUACCAGAUCGAAGGAUCUGUCGAUGUCGACGGACGCCUUCCUUCGAUCUGGGACACUUUUUCGCAUAGGGAAGGCGCCACGAAAGAUGGCGGAAACGGCGAUGUCACAACCGAUUCGUACCGUCGGUGGAAGGAGGACGUGGCACUCCUGAAACAGUACGGGGUGAAGGCGUACAGAUUCUCGGUCUCCUGGAGCAGAGUCAUUCCCCUUGGCGGACGAGACGACCCGGUGAAUGACGCUGGGAUCAAGCAUUACAGGGACCUGGUCGAGGAGCUCGUGAGGAACGAUAUCACACCCUUCGUGACGCUUUAUCACUGGGACCUGCCUCAAGGUCUCCAGGAUCGAUAUGGCGGCUGGCUCAACAAGGAAGAGAUUGUCAAGGACUAUGUCAACUAUGCGAGAUUGCUAUUCGAGAGCUACGGCGAUCUCGUCAAGAACUGGAUUACUCACAACGAGCCGUGGUGCGUCUCGGUGCUGGGCCAUGCCACUGGCGUGUUCGCCCCUGGACACACCGGGAAUACGGAGAACUGGAUUGUCGGUCAUAACCUAAUUCUUGCCCACGCGUAUGCUGUCAAGCUAUACCGCGAGCAGUAUAAGCCGAGUCAAGGCGGUCAGAUCGGUAUCACCCUCGACUUGCAGUGGCAGCUGCCGUGGGAUGACUCGCCGGAGAAUAUGGAGGCAGCACAACGUGGCAUUGACUUCAAGCUGGGUCGAUUUGCUGAUCCCAUCUACAAAGGCUUCUACCCCGACUCGGUGAAAGAACUCAUCGGUGAUCGCCUGCCGGAGUUCACAGAGGAAGAACUCGCGGUCGUCAAGGGCUCCUCGGACUUCUUCGGACUGAACACGUACACCACGCAGCUCGUUCAGGACGGGGGAGAUAACGAAAUACAAGGCAACGUCAAGUACACCUUCACUCGACCGGAUGGAUCGCAGUUGGGCACACAAGCUCACGUCCCUUGGCUUCAAACAUACCCGGAGGGUUUCCGUUCACUUCUCAACUACCUCUGGAAGACGUACCAACUGCCGAUAUAUGUGACAGAGAAUGGCUUUGCAGCCAAGUAUGAGAACACGCGCCCCGUAGAAGAAGUCGUCCACGACACAGACCGAAUUGAGUAUUAUGAGGGCUACGCGAAUGCUUUGUUGCGGGCGGUGACCGAAGAUGGGGUUCCCGUCAAGUCAUAUUUUGCUUGGAGUCUGCUGGACAACUUCGAGUGGGCGGAUGGGUACGACACACGUUUUGGGGUGACAUAUGUCGACUACUCGAGUCAGAAGCGAACGCCGAAAGACUCUGCUAAGUUUUUGACGAAGUGGUUCAACGAGCAUAUUUCGUCUUGACAAAUGGGCAUAAAG